GCUGGAAGCCCUCCAAACCCUACCUCUCUUUCCCUCGACAGCCGACCUCGCAUCUGACUAUCACCUCUGGCGCUCGAAACCCUCACCCCCAAAUAUCCGGCAGCGCCACUUCUGGAAACCCUACCACUUCUCCUUCGGAUAUGGCAGCCAUGAAGGUCGAGGCGGGGGGAGCUUCGUUCGCUGCGACGGCGGCGCCGGCUCCGGCUGCUGCUCGCCCUCAGUUCGAGGCAUUGAAGCCCCACGAGAUGUCUGACGGAAAGGUCCAGUUCCGGAAGGUGGCGGUCCCGCCCCACCGCUAUGCACCCCUGAAGAGGAACUGGAUGGAGAUCUACACCCCCGUCUACGAGCAGAUGAAGAUCGACAUACGUAUGAAUCUCAAGGCUCGGAGAGUGGAACUCAAGACGCGAUCUGAUACACCAGAUGUGAGUAACCUGCAGAAAUGUGCCGACUUUGUCCAUGCUUUCAUGCUAGGAUUUGAUAUUGCCGAUGCCAUUGCUUUAUUGCGUCUGGAUGAUCUCUAUGUGGACUCUUUCGAGAUCAAGGAUGUGAAGACGCUUCGUGGGGAGCACCUAUCACGAGCUAUUGGUAGGCUAUCAGGAAAAGGGGGCAAGACAAAGUUUGCCAUUGAAAAUUCUACUAGGACCCGGAUUGUCAUUGCUGAUACUAAGAUCCACAUCCUCGGAUCUUUUUUAAACAUUAAGGUUGCAAGGGAUUCACUAAGUAGUCUAAUUUUAGGGUCACCUGCUGCUAAAGUCUACUCCAAACUUAGAGCUGUCACUGCUAGAUUGGCAGAAAAGUAUUAACUUUCAGUUACAUCAAAGCUAAGUGCUAUCUUGUUCUGAUGUAAUAGCUUAUACAUUACCAUUGUGUCAGGUUUUGUAACCGUUGAGCAUUUAUAAACCAUGGUGCUUAUUUUUUGGGAUUUGGAUUUCUGCAUAUGAAAUUGGCUUAGUUAUUUCUUUGAACUAGAUA